CUGCCAUUGACAGCUGAUAGCCUCUCUGUGGUCAUUUUGGUACUCGGCGUCUUCCGCUCUCUUUCUCAUUUUUUUGACUUGGUCGUUGUUCCGGAGGAUAGGGACUCAAAUUCAAGAUGGCUAGUGCACAGGGUGUCAAUGUUUUCCGCUACUCGGCUCUUGUAGCCGGUCUCGUCUAUGGUUUCUACCACCAAUCGUCCAUCACGUCCCAGGCCAAGCGCGCCGAGAUCGACCGCGAAUACCACCGCCAGGAACAGUUGAUCCAGCAAGCUAAGGCGGAGUGGAAGAAGAAGACCAGCCCUCCUGAGGCCAAGACGGCAGACUCUGGCAUCAUCACAGAUCCCGAAGACAGCCGGUUCGACCUCGAGGCAUUCCUGAAGUUUAAGGCUGGGGAGACAAACUAGAUAGAAUCGAAAGCACAAGAGUGGAGGCGGUUGGCGUGGGUUUAGAAGUGAAGGUCAUGGGCCCCCGGGGGUACCGAUAAAGAG